GGUUCACAAACGGAAGUUAGUGUGUUGUGGAAGUGGUUUAGGUAACAUGUUGUAGAUUAAUCUUCGUCUUAUAAUUGUUUGAUUGGUAUUACUUUGAAAUAUAUUAAACUGCAUCGUGAAGUAUUCGAAAGUUAAUUUUAGCUGACUAAUUUAGCAAGUUAAAGUGUCGGUGGGUGUUACACUGAAUUCGUUUGCGUGUUUAUUUACUCCGUAUUUAGCUCUCCCGGAUAGACGAUAAAACUAUGACACGACAUGGCAAAAACUGCACGGCUGGUGCCGUGUACACGUAUCAUGAGAAAAAGAAAGAUACAGCGGCCUCUGGAUACGGCACACAAAGCGUGCGGUUGGGGAAGGACGCUAUAAAGGACUUCGACUGCUGCUGUCUGUCUCUCCAGCCCUGCAGGGAUCCUGUCGUUACUGCGGAUGGCUACUUGUAUGAAAAAGAGGCCAUUCUGGAGUACAUCCUUCACCAGAAAGUGGAAAUCGCCAGAAAAAUGAAGGCUUAUGAGAAGCAGAAACGAGCUCAGAAGAGCGACAGCCAGUUGGAAUCCACCUCCGGCGAGAGAGAGAGGGUGGAGAAAUUCAAGAAGAGAGAGAACAGCAUCGUCUCCAAGCCCAUCAACCCCUUCACUGCAGCUACGUCCCGGGACUCGGAGGGCAAGAGCGGUUCGGUCGGGCCGGCCGCUGGCUCCAGCGCCGCUUCUUCCUCCGCUGGGUCCAGCUCCGGCUCCGGCUCCGGCUCCAGCUCCACUUCCGCCCUCCCCAGCUUCUGGAUCCCCAGCCUGACCCCCGAGGCCAAGCCCACCAUAUUAAAGAAGCCCGUGAAGACCGUGCUCUGCCCCAUGUCGGGGCGACCCCUGAAGAUGAACGAGCUGAUCUCGGUGCGCUUCACGCCUCUGGACCCCAGCCUGGACCGGGUGGCCCUGCUCACACGGCAGGACCGCUACGUGUGCGCAGUGACCAAAGACACCCUGGGCAACUCCCUGCCUUGUGCUGUCCUCAGGCCAUCCGGGGUUGUCGUGACGAUGGAGUGCGUGGAGCGUCUGAUACGGAAGGACAUGACCGACCCGGUGACCGGGGACAAACUGACGGAGAGGGACAUCGUCCCGCUGCAGAGGGGAGGAACGGGCUUCUCUGGCUCUGGAGUGGACCUGAGGGCGAAGGAGGCUCGUCCCGUCAUGCAAGUGUGAGAUGGAGAGGGAGGGGGCGGGGUUAAACUGCGCUGGACUGUUUCUAUGAACUAUGGGGAUUUUUUAAUACUGCAGACUAUAGUGUUCAGAAUAAUGUAAGUGAAUAAUGUACUUGUGUGUAUUUGUAUGUCGUGUGUAUGUGUGUGCAUGUACACACACACAGUUACUCCUUACACUGGUCAUUUAGUCACAUUUUUAUUUUAACAGACCCACAAUCUCAAACACGCACGCACACAAACACACAUACACGGACGCUUGUACACGGAUGUAUAAUAAAUGGAAAAAUAAAC